AUGUCCUGGAUAAUACGCUUACAACAUCUUCCUCUGUCAGCCGUUGCUGCAGAUAUUCGCAUUUUUUUCGCGGGCCUUAAAAUUCCGGAUGGUGCGGUGCAUAUUGUUGGCGGCCCCGAUGGUGAUGCAUUCAUCGGUUUUGCAACCGAUGAGGAUGCACGCCAGGCGAUGCGUUUUGACAAUCGCCGUAUCCAUGACCAACGUGUACGGCUCCUCUUGUCAUCACGUGUCGAAAUGGACGCUGUAAUAGCGAAAGCACGUGCCGGAGGCCUAAAUCUCAACGAAACAGCAGUAGCAGCAGGAGUUGCUGCUCCUCCCCAGGCCGCAGCUAAUUCACCCAGACAACGUGACGAUUCACCGGUGGCACGUGCGGUCCAAAUGGCCCAAGCUGCAGCCGGAACGGCGGAAAAUUAUCGUUCGGCCGCACAAACACAACCGACAAUCUCGGACAUAUGCACAGCAGUUGCAGCUGCAGCAAGAAGUGGUGGUGCAGCAGGAGCAGCUGAGACGGGCAAUGAUUAUUAUCAGUCGGAUUAUACACGAGCUUGCCGCAAUCCACGCGUUCUAGAAUACCACUGUCUGAUACACUGCUGCACGCUGCUACACUUCGUCGUUGCGCACAUCAUUGCAAUUUUGGAAUAUAUCCAAAAACGAUCACUUUAUUUAUGGGUGCCUGUUUGUGCGUCCGAUGGUACCCACUGA